CGGUAACAGUUUUAGUUCUAUUUUCAAGUAGCCUAGUUACUUUAUUGGUAUAAAUAAAAUGAGGAAUUUAAAUAAACACUUCAGCGACACGUCAAUGGCUUCAUCCAGUAUAGUAGAAGAAGCAAAUCGUCAAGUACAGGCGAUUAAAGACAUUAUCGGAAUGAAAGAUCAAAACGAAGAGUCUUUCUGUCGAGCUUUAUCUGAAAAACUUGGGGUCAACAAGCAUGUUAUCGAAGUCAUGAUGUCGCUGGAAGAAAUGGCAGCGAUGCGUAAAAAAACUUCCAUUAUGAACAGUUUAGAAGAAUGCAAAUCAAGAAUUAUAUCCGUACUAGAAGAUUGUGAUGAAGAUGAAAAUAUACCUUGGGGACCGAAUGACGACCCUGAAAAAUUGAUAAAAGAGGCACACAGAUCAGAACAUAUUCUCCCGUUCAUGAAUACAGCAGACGAUAUGACAGAUGCAAUGAAAAGGAAGAAAGAGCAAUCACAGUUCAUGGCGUCAAUAGAGCGAUACAUACAAUCAUGCAAAACCAAGGUUAUGGAUAUGCAAGAAUUGAUCGAAUGGAUGUCGAAUUUUUCUUUUGAAGUUACCUGGGAUGAGGUGGGAAUGAGUCCGGUAUUGCAGAGAGAGAAAACAGAAGGAGAAUCAUAUAGACAAAUGGUUCAAGCACUCCAAAAAGCAUGGCAGUGCGCUCGAAAAUUCCAACAACUGAUUGAUCUCUUGGCUACUGACGAUCCGUAUGACGUCAUUUCUGGAAACUUACCACCACACAUUGCUGCAGCUAGACGAAAAAGAAAAGGAGCGGCCACACUAAACAAACUUUGGUGCAGUCGUAAGCUCCGUGGCAAACUUGACGAAUAUGAAAAAAUGCGAAUAAAAAUGGAAGAAUCAGAGAAGAAAUCCAUGAAUGACCAACACAAAUCUGCUAAAGUCGUCGCAAUGACGACCCAAAGACAAGUCACAGUGGUAGCUCCCGGAGAAGAUUCCGGAAGUUCCAAGAAUCCUUACAAAGAAACCGAAUCAACAAUUUUGCGUGAAAUAAACAGAUGCUGGAAAGAGGCAACUGACGAUGUCGUCUUCUUUAUGCAGGAAGUCAAAACUCACAGGUUUAGCAAGAAAUCUUGUCGCUUGAGAUUAGAUAGAGCGAUGCUUUUGCUUGAAUUUAUUCGUGCUGCAAUAGAAGGUAGAAUUUUAGAUGCAGAGCAAAAAGAAAAAAUGUUGGAGGAUACAAAAGCUCAUGUGGCCAGGCUUCAAGACGAAACCUAUCAACUGAAUACGAAAUUAGCUGAGGCCCACAAAGCAACACAAACAGCUCAAAGAAAAAUAACGAAACUGAAGCGUCAGCUCGAGCUCGUUACCAAGAACAAUCACAAACUCCAGACAAGAAUAGGUCAAAUGAAAGAUAAAAUAACAGAACAAAUGAAACAAAUUGAAGAAUUGCAAGAAUUACCAAACCAACAAGAGUUUGAAGAGAAUUUACAGAAAAUUGAGGAUCUGGAGCAGGAACUUAACAACGCUGAGAAUCAAAUAAAUGAAGUUCGAGUAGAACUAGAGGAGCGAAAUAGGGAAUGCAAUGUUGUGAAAGGAUUGCUUGUUCAAGAAAAGGAAAUGUCUGCAUCACUCUCUGAAGACAUUGUUGUACUGGAACAAGAAAAUGCUAAGGCUCAAGUAAAAAUUGCUGAAAUUGAGAAGAAAAUGUCAGAACAAGAAAGCAACGUUAUGUCACUAAGACUCAUGGUUUACUAUAAAGAUGAGGUGAUCAGAAGACUGAAGCAAGCAGCAAUUGAACUUAAAUCUAGCGAGAAAAGUAGGCGAGCUCCGAAGAAACCACCACCAUCGCCUGAAGAUGUAUCGCCAUUGGAAUCUAAAGAAUCUAUUGGAACAAAAGACACCAUUAAAGAUCAAAAACCAAAGGUUGAAGUUGUUCAGACGACUGAGUCGACUGCAGAUUCAAAUGCAAAUAAACAGGAAACCAAAGCCGUCGUGUCAAAGGUGAAUGUUAAAGUACCAACCGAGGGUCAGCAGUCAGAACCACUGAGCAAACUAAACGAAUUUCCAUUGUUACAACCACAACCUUCUGUCGAUGUUUGCACAAGGCUUUAUCAGGGAGUACCUAAACGUGACCGCCAAGUAAAAACGACGCGAGUCAUCAUCGUAUCAGAAGAUUACAAGAAGUUACAAAACGAACACGAUAAAUUAAUACGCGAUAUGAAUGCAACAAAGAGACAACUGCAAGAAACGAGAGACAAUUUUGACUACAAAUUACGAGAGGGUUUGGAAACUGAGAGACACAAAUCGGUAUUGGAGUCCAUGAAGACGGAAGAAGAUUUGCAGUUUUUGUGUUUUGCUGUGAAAGACGAAACUAUGAGAGUACAAAAAGAAAUGAGAAAAUUUAUGGAUAGCGUUAGCGAAGAACUGGGUUCUGUUAUUGGAUUCAAAGGAAGGUUGUGUGAAAGCAUUUUACCAAAAACUGGUGACCGAACCACCGGCGGUUUGACAACAAACGUCAACAUGGAAUUCGGGAUGCCAAUGGGAUUUGACUUUAUGCUUGGUGGUGAUCUGGGAAUGUUUGGUACGGGUGAAAUUAUGCAAGAUUCUGGACAAAUGAUGAACCAAAUGGGACCGAUGAUGUUCGGCCAAGGAAUGCCUGGAAUGGAAGGCUUGGGAUUUGGAAGUGCUCAAAUGGGUCCAACAGGUUUAUCAAUAGCUGGUAACAAUCAGGUUGAAGCGGAGCAAGAAAGUGGGGGAGGUAAAAACAUCAACUACUGGAAAAGUUUGAAAACUGCCUUGACUGGACCUGGUAAGUCUAACGACGCUGAAGAAAAAGCAAAGGAAAAUGAGCAAAUUCUAGAGAUAUCUGAUGUUCUUGCCCAGCGACGUAAAGCAAGAGAAGAAAAAAGAAAAUCCAUUGAUGAACAGAGUCGUGGAUCCGAUGCAUCUCUUGCCAAUACUGAUUCUGUUCUAUCAAAUAUAGCGGCUGAAAAAGCAGUGUCUUCAAGUCAGGAAGUUUGCAAAACUAAAUCGAAACGUUUUCCCCAGCCUUCCGCUUCCGUUACAAAUGAAAAAUCUGACGUACGAAACGGAAGUAUGAUAGACAACAAAGUACAGAGUGACAGCGGAAUAAAGACCCAGCAUAAUGAUGAGACAACAAGUCAUAAUAUGGAACAAACUCAUCGAGAAAAAUGUGAAACAUCUGAGCAGAAUAAUGUAAAAGAAUUGACGGGUGCUCCGAUAAUAAAUGUGGAGUGUGGACUUACGACUGAGUCAUAUAUUCAGCCUUCUCAAAUACUUGAAAUAGUACCAGAAUUAGUAAAAGAAGGGCAACAGACAGAAAAAGACACUCGAAUAAAUCAGGAAAUUAAUGAAAAGACCAGUGACGAAGAUAUUUCAGUGAAAAAACUGGCCGUCAAACCAAUAAACAUAUUGUUGCAGAGGUCAGAGCGAAGAGCCUCGGUUUUUGUAGACGAUAAAAACACGUCCGGUCUUGGGCUAUUGAUGGAAAGAAAGCGAGCUAGGUUUGGUGAUCGAAGGCGAUCAUCGGUCAUACCAUUUCGCGCUCCUUGCCUCACUGUUGAUGCCAGAAGGCCAACAAUUUUUGUACCAGAGCCCCCGAAAAAGAUAAAAUUAAAGGGAUUCUUUGGUCUCGGCCCAGCUUUUGAUUCCGACCUCAGCCUAAAGAGAAGCGAAAAGAAGUUGCCGGCGCCAAAACCGAAACCUCCGCCAGAACCAGAGCCAGUGAAACAAGCGGAAAAAUUUGUUCGUUUGAUAUCUCAACAGGUAGCUGAUUUUCUUCAAACCGUGAAUCUGAACCUUGCGGAAGCGCUGAGAAAAAAUAAGAUAGAAAUGGCAUCUAAAAUGGAAGCCUUGGAGAAUGAAGUUAUGCAAGAGAAGGUCAAAUUUAAAGCAGAAUUAGCGGCUGUGAAAGAAGAAAGGGACAGAAAAUCCAAAGAACUCAAAAAAGCACAGCAAACUUUAACUGAUAUUGGAUUCGGACUGGGAUCGACUUCUAAAAUAGACGUCAGAAGUUCUCUUCCACAAGAUUUAAUUCAAAACCUGAAACAAGCCGAACAUGACAUAGACUUAGCUAGAGACAGGUUGGAGAAAGCAGCAGUAAUGCACAGACAGAAUGCUGAUCAAUAUCAAAAACUUCAAACCUCAGUGGAAAGCCGAGUGAAACAAGUCGAAGCUGAGAACACAGAACUAAUGAAGAGUGUGAAAAAAGAGAAAACAUUAUCCAACGAACUGCGAGUCCAUUUAUGUAAUGUACUGAAGACGCAAAAACAGAAAUUAUUUUUGAGCUUGAAAAGCCACAAGCACAACUACCAUGUAUUAGAUAAAGCUGAUGGCGUCGACGGUAACGUGAAAAACGUUGCGCUCAGCCUGCUACGCAGAUCUAUGCUCUAUCCAAAAGAAAGUCUGAGUUUGUUAGUCAGCCGUUAUUGUCACCAUGUCAAGAUCACAGAUUGUCAACAGAGAGUUAGAAAACAGAUUACAAAACGAGAACAAGCUUUAAAAAAAGAAGCGAUCCGUGGCGCAAAGACAAGUCAACGUGAAAUGGGCAUGCUAACAACUUUUCUUGCCGGGUUAGCUAUGAAUAAAGAGCUAACCAAAGUAAGGAAUGCAGAGAAAAAAAGAAGACUUGAUUCUGAAAGGCAAAAGUUGUUUAUCAAAAUGUCGUUGGUUUUGCAUAAAAUAAAAAGUGAUAGAAAAGAUCUUCAUCUGAUUCAACCUACUAUUCUACAAGUAUAUGGUACAGGAUGUGGACGAUCACACAACAACACGCCAGUGAUACAAGAUUUUCCUGAUCUUAGAUUUUUGUUGCCGAAUAAUCGAACAGAGAGCUUGCCCAGUAUCAAAUCAUCUGGUUGUGAGUUGCACGGCCAUAAGCAUAGACGAAGAGAUUUCGAGAAUACAAUAUUGAGAGGACGGAAACCACCAGAAGAUUUACAACGCCUCAAGACAACAGUUCCACAUUGGUUUCCAGAGGACAGCUUAUUUUGUCCAUUUUCUGGGCGGUCUGGAAACGUGCCCCCGACAAACUCACAUGCUUCAAUUGGCAGAAGUCACAGAGAAAACGGCUUUGUGGAAAAAAGUACAGCUGCUAGUUACUAUCAGUCUAGUGCCACACGCAUUGAAAUUCCUCGUAUCAUGGAGCUAAGUAUACAAUCCGGCCUACGAGAAGCGAAAAAGUCAGUUUUGAGGCGCUUGCAAAUUAGAGAGCAAUCUUCAAUAUCUUCCUUCAGCACUACUACAAACUCACCAAUCAGCGAGUCUGCAUCUCUUACGUCAAUAACUCGUCACUACAAUACCCCAAUUGCCCAGCACCAAAUGAAGUAUGAGAGAUAUAUAUGGCAAAACGUUGAAACACUGGGAAAAUUUACAAUUAAUGAUAACACCGGUUUAGCAAACUCCACUGAAAGUUUUUGUCCCUCCAGACAAUGUCCUCUUCCACCUAUUCCAACACCUCCAGCGACGUUGAUGGGCGAAAGAAGAUCGUCACCUCAUGCUGUAGUCACUUUACCGUCGGUGGUAGCCGAGUCCGAAAGCGCAUACGAUUUUGUCGCAACAAGUGAAUCCUCUAGCAGCCUGUCAAUGAGAUCUUCAAACCGGACGACGCCCGGUUUACCGAAUUAAUUUUUUGUUACAACUAUAAUCUUGCAGUUAAUUUUACAAGAUCAAUACAACAUUUAAUGAACUGAUUAAAGCUUAUCUAACACUUUGUUUAUUAUUUUAAAUAUGGUAGAUAGUAAAGAAGUACCUAGAAACCUAUGAGAUAUUUUUAAUGUUAGUAUUUUGAUAUAUUUAGGUAUAUUCGGUGAUUGAAUAAAACAUAUAACGGUUUAACAGUUGGCACAUUAUCUGUCUCGCGUGUAUAAAUGUGUUAAGGUUAUGCCUCAAUUUUCAUUAGGGUCAGGUUGUAGCCUUUAUAAUAAUAUUAUUGUUGUUGUGUAGUGAAGGCUGAUGGAAGCGGUCCAAUCCUUAGCUCGAUCUCUAUUGCACCCUCUUUCUGAUUUUGCAUGAUCUUCACUCCCAACAACGAAUGCAAAGAUAUCAGAAUUCACCAGCACACAAUUGAUAUUUUAUUGCCAACUUGAUCGUUACAAUUCUCCAGUAUCUUAGGGAUAAAUACUAUUACUU